UGCCGGUGGAGGCGGCGGUUGCGGUGGCGGCGCCGCCGGCUCUCGCCGCCCCCUUCACCCCCGGCCCCGCGUCCCCAUGGCCGGGCAGGAGUGGGACUGGUUCCAGCGCGAAGAGCUCAUCGGGCACAUCAGCGACAUCCGAGUGCAGAACCUCCAAGUUGAACGGGAAAAUGUACAGAAGAGGACCUUUACCAGAUGGAUAAACCUGCAUUUGGGAAAGUGCAAGCCUCCUUUGAAAGUGAAAGACUUGUUUAUUGAUAUACAAGAUGGCAAAAUCUUGAUGGCGCUCCUGGAAGUCCUGUCAGGACAAAAGUUGAUGCACGAAUACAAAUCUUCAACCCAUCGCAUUUUUCGUUUGAACAACAUAGCCAAAGCACUUAAGUUCUUGGAGGACAGUAAUGUAAAACUUGUUAGCAUUGAUGCAGCAGAAAUAGCAGAUGGAAAUUCCUCUCUGGUUCUUGGACUAAUAUGGAAUAUAAUCUUGUUUUUUCAGAUUAAGGAGCUGACCGGCAACCUCAACAGGAACUCCUCCUCCUCCAGCCUGUCCUCUGGGCCCAGUGGUCCAGAGUCAGACACAUCCCCCAGCACUCCCAGCGUGGAGAGAAACAUGUCUAUUACAGUGAAGGAUCAGCGGAAAGCCAUCAGGGCCCUUCUAAUCUGGGUUCAGAGGAAAACCAGAAAGUACGGUGUUGCAGUUCAGGACUUUACCAGCAGUUGGAGGAGUGGCCUUGCUUUCUUAGCCAUCAUAAAAGCCAUAGACUGCACUUUGGUAGACAUGAAGCAAGCACUGGAGAAAUCAGCACGAGAAAACCUGGAGGAUGCUUUCAGCAUAGCACAGAAUAAGCUGGGUGUUCCUCGGCUCCUCGAACCAGAAGAUAUCAUGGUGGAAUCACCUGAUGAACAGUCAAUCGUCACAUACGUGGCACAAUUUCUGGAGCACUUCCCGGAGCUGGAAGGGGAAGACUUUACAGAUCCUGACAAGGAGCUUCCAAUUGAGUCCACAUAUGUCCACAUCAAAGACACACCGUCAGAAAAGGAAGGCAAAAUCUUGAUUUUAAGUGAAAGUGAAGAAAACAUGUAUACUGUUAAUCAUGAGAGGAGUCAUCCUGCUCCUCCAAAGGUCCAUAUUCAUGACAUCCCUGAGAGAAUCCCCUCAGAAACCGCUGCUGAAAAUUGUAAUGGGAAAUUGAGUCAAGUGUUAGGUGACUCACAGGAAACAUCUGAAGAAGAGCCUCAGAGGCCUACCUCACUGAAAAUCACAGGAUCUGUCAGUUUUGAAUCCAGUUCCUCUUGGGAGGUUCUAAGUGAUAAAUUCAUGUCAGGUGAAGGGGGCAUCUCUGAUGAUCAACUGAAACAGAACAAUGACCUUUCUCCAACUGUUCUGACAGAUCAGAAAAAUUCUGUCGACUCUUUUGAAGAAUACUCUGAAGAAUUAACUAAAGAAACCCCUACUGAAUAUGACAACGAAACUAAGAGCCUUUCAGCCAAUACUUCUUCUUUGAGUCCAUUAUCCUGGACUUCAGGUAUACUUACAGAUGAUUCUAUUAAUAAAGUAGAAGAGAGCAAACCCCAAUCUUCAGUUCUUUUACCAGAAGACACCUCAAAACAAGAAGAUACACAUAAGUACGUUCUUCAUCUUCUAAAUGAGGAAAUACAGAAACAUCCAGAAGAUGAACAUACAAAGGAAUCACCUGUCUUCGAGACAAUAGAAUCAAGCCCUUGUUCACUGAAUAGUUCUAAUCUCGAAAGCCAAGAACUGUCUACACAGCAUGAAACAUCUGAUGAGUCUCUCUCAGAUGUACCUAAAACUCCAGAUGACCUGGACAGCUGUGAUGAAGUUGAGUCUGCAGCUCAAGUGUUGCCCAGUUCUUCCAAAGUAUCUGUAAUACCCCAUGAUCUCUUUUAUUAUCCACAUUAUAAUGUCCCUAUAUCAGCAGUUCUGAAUGCUUACCUGGAGCCUUGUAUCGAAGGUUAUGACACUGGAAAUGACAAAGCUUCUUCUGAAACAGUAACAGGUGUUUUACCUGACAAGAGCUUACCAGAACAGAACUGCAAGGAAGAUGCUCCAGAGCCAGACUUAGACAAUAAGCUAAGCACCCCUCCAUUAGAAACAGAUGCUGAGAACAGUGAGGAGGAAACUACAAAUAUUAACAGUCACAUGAAUUAUUCCAAUGAAAAAGAAGUGCCAUUACUAGUAGAAGAGUUAGAAAUUGAAGAAGACGGCAAUAAGGCCACCAACGAUCAAGAUUCCACUAUUCCACAACAUCUUGAGGCCAUAGUAGAACCUCUAGAGGAUUUAUCAAUAGCUAUAAAGACAUCAGAAGAAAGUAGUAAUAGGGAGGAGGAAGGGGAAAAUAUGAUCAAAGAAGAUUUGCAGAUCUCAGAAGUCGCCACUACUACUCUGUCACAAGAUAACCUGCAAGAAAUAGCUGAAUGCCAGGAAUUUACCAGAACCAGUGACAAUGAAGCCAAUGUUUAUCUCCGAAAAAGGUCUCCUAAUCCUUCUGAGGAGGAAACCUAUGGUGUAAAUGAGCAGAAGAUGACAGAUAUGGGUGAAAAUACAUUAAUCAUCAGGAAGAAAAAGGACUCAGAAGCAAGUGAGACCCCACCACCAAUUCACGAGAUUACAAUUUUUGAGCAGCCAGAGCUAUUUUACUUCAUCAUUUUCUUCUGGGUGCUGAUCUACUGCCUUUUACUCCUUCCACAGCUUCUUAGCAACAAAGUUUGAUCUGUGUGAGGUGUGGAAAAAUAAAGGAUGGUGGCUGGAUUGCUUUGUGUAUCUGCAUAUGAAUAUGUUCCUUCAGGUGAAGCACAAACAGAAAUCCAGGACCUGGUAUUUGUGUUUAUUAUCAGGUUGUCUUCAGUUCCUCUACUGUUGUGCUAUGACAGUGUCAAAGCACGUUUUAUAUUAUGAUAACUGUGUAAAUAUAUAUAAAAAUGACCUGAUUUAGUAGACGCAAUUUUGUACAUUUGUGCCUUGCUUUAUAAGAUGCUAAAUAAAACCAGAUAAUUAUCAGUAGAAAUAUGAACAAUUCAGAGCUCUAGUCUUCAAAAAUUAUUCUUCUGGCUUCAUUUUCUUAUGUAGGGCCUGAUAGCUGUGGAAGAGGGGUAGUGGUGACUUGCCUCUGGAUCUGGCCACCUGCAAGGGCAAGGCUAGAAAUGCUUCUUCACGUUUUCCAUUGAAUUAUUUGAAAGAGUUGGAGACAGAGCAGAGCUACAGGUGGUGAAAUACAGAUCAGGAAUUACAGUUCCAGUAGCAAAUCCAGUGGAGCAGCAAAAUCAGGUUGAGGGUUUAUUGGGGUAGGAGAGUUCGAUUUUUUUAGGAUUUAAAUUCACUUUGGUCCUGCACCUUUUGUUGGGUUUGGUCCGAAGGAAUAAAUUGGGUGUGGAGAAGUGUGAAGCACAUACAUGCUCACUGCUUCACAGGAGUGGUCAUAUGGGAAAUCUUAGCCCAGAAACUGAAGUGUUUUAAAAGUACCUCAGUGCUUCUGAGUCUGCUUCUGCUUCAUUUUUGCUGCUGCUUUUACUUACUAGAUCAUGGGAAAAUGUCUCUUUUUUGAAGAUACAAAAAACAAUAGGUCACCUAAUUUGCUAAGGCUACUCUUAAGGCACAAGUGUAUGGUAAAAGGAUUAGAAAUAGCCUUUAAGUGUCCAAAUCAAUAGAGGAAGAAAUGACAGAUAUAAAACUAAAUACAGAGAAAUGCUGACAGCCAGCACUGACUUUCUAGUGCAACUAAGAGACUCCUGGGGCUUUUCCAUAGGCACAGUCGAGCCACUUCUGCCUCUUGUAAUUUUUGUCCACAUCAGUGAUCACUUUAGGAUAUUUGAUUCAGGAUUUUUCCAGACAAGGUGUAACCCAUGCUUUGGAGAACAAAAGAGAAGACUUCAAAUUCAAUUUAAUACCAGUAACUUUUCUCUAUGUGACUUUUUGUGAAGUCACUACUUUUCACUGACACGUUUUUAGUUCCAUAGUAUGCUUUAUGAGACUACAUCACGUUGCUGCUUCCACCUGAAAAUUCAGAAGGUUGACUUCAAAGUGCUUCAUAAAAUGAGGGGUUUCAUAAUUUUAGACUGAGUGAAAAUUAAAUCCCAUGGCUAUAAGUUUUACAUAUAUUGUUGUAGCGUAAGGUGUAGCCCUACCCUGGCUAAGUUUUCAGAUGAACUAAUAGUAAGUGGGAUCAGGACACAUCAGAACAUAUAGCAGUUUAUUUACAGGUAUUUAAAACCUGUUUGUAGUCAUGUUAUCUGCUGAGGUAAUCCUAACCAUCCAUCAUACUUAACUCUUCUUCAUAAGCUUUUUGUUCCCCUGGGAUUUUUCUUCUGAGCUGCAGUUGGAAUUCAACAGCAAUAUGGCUCAACAGGAGAUCUUAAAUAUUGAAGAUAAAAUUCUAAACAUUUCAACAGAAAGCUGAAAUCUUUCCUAUUCUGUCCUUUCACUGUUGACUAGAUCUGGAUUCACCCCAUGAACCUAAAAAUAAGAUCUACUGUGCUUGGUGAGGAACAGAUCCAAAUGUCCCAACUUAAUUCAAUGUAAAUCAACAUAAGUAAAAAAAUACAUCCUUUAUCUUGCUGAUGAAAAUGCUCAGCAUUUUGAGUCAUCUGAUUUUGUGAUCUAUGAACUUGUUUGUGCUUGUUGUUGAAGAUAGUGAUACUUUCUUCCAAAAGAAAACCUUUAUUAGAUUUUUUGAAAAUGCUUUCUGGAAAUAGGCUAAAAUAGAAUAUUGAAAGGCUAGUGCUUUUCCCUCUGAAAGAAUAAAACUUAAUACAAGAAACAUUAUAUCCUUAUCCUUAAAACCAAGGAAUACUAGGCUGGGGUAUGGCAUCUAUAUAAUUGCAGCAAGUAGCAGUGUACAUUAGUUCAGAGUGAAAGUGUUGACAGCUCUUCAUUAUGUUUCACUCUUCACAGGCUCCUUUGGUUUAUGACAACCUUUUCUGAUUCUUUGUAUCUUUACUCACUGAUCCUUCCAUAUUUAUAGAUCUUGAGCAGAGGUUACCUGGAACUGGAUUACAGUCUCUUCAUAUAACUUUAUAGCUAUGAAAGUUCAGUCAAGUAAAGUAUGCUCUCUUCUGUCUUCUUCCUUCUAAGACUAUUAAUCAGGAUGAGGAGCUCUUUGGAUGUCUUAUCCAUCCAUGAAGAAUGGAAAGGUGGGAAUGCAGUGAUGCUGGUAAUUUCAUUACACAGUAUUUUCAUCCAAGAGGGAAAAAACCCAAGGUUUUCUUUGUUACCUCACACUGACAAACAGUGACUGAAACAUUGAAAUGAGCAGUUUAAAUGUCAAACAGCAUCCAGCAGUUGUCUUGGUCAUCUCACCCAGUGUUUCAGCUGAUACACACUUUCCAUCCUAUCCCAUUGAGAGACAAAGAUUGCUUCUUCCAUCCAAAAUAGAUGAAAAAAAAAUACUAAAUUAGUCCUUGACACUUGGUGUUAUGUUACUUUCCAUUUUGGGGUUUGCUUGGUCGUAGGUUUGCUAUAACAGAGGCAGUGUACCUUACCCAGCCAUUCCAUGGGUGAGAAGAUCACGGGUGAAGAGUUAAGAGUGAUGAUACUGGUAUUGUCAACUGUGCAUGAAAGAAAAGUCUGAACUCUUCAGGAGUUUUGCUUUUACCUGGAACUGCAAAGAGUGACAUCUGCAUAAGAAGCAGUUUCCCCCCACUUAAAUUGACUUGUGAGCCUGCCAUCUCUUCUUCCACCGUCCAAGAUCCAAUCCCUCAAUGCAAGUGCCCUGUUCUGAAAACAUUGCUUGUUGUUGAGCUUUGUGGCCUGUUCUGAGCUACUGUCUAAAAGCCUGAUUGUGAAACAUUCUGUAUGGCAAAGCCUAUUUUAACUUGCUGCCUAGAGAACUGGCUUGAGGUAGUGGGGGUUUAAAGGCUGGUGGGCAGUCUGUUGUCUACCCAUUUUCCAUCAGAUAUGUGCACUGUCAGAAUAAGGAAGUUUUUCCUGAAUUUUUGACUGGGUUUUUGAAAAAUGCCAACCUUAAACUGACCACAUUUGGUAGUUCAGUUUAGCAGCAGAAUUCAGAUGGACAAGGGUACUGAUCUGUUAAGACUGUUUCUAAAACCCACUGGUUUUGAGCAAAUGUGGGUAGCAGAUUAUUGUGAAGUGUAAGUGACAGGAAAUGUUUGAGGAUCACUGGACAAAGGAUGUUUGGUGUUCACAGAAGCACCAUUAAAGGCCAAGCAACAACUAUAAAAGGAUGGUUCAAUGUCAUUGUAGUCAUGUAACUUAACUGCAAAGUGUUUCAUUGUGAUUUUAUAGAAAGUGCAAGGAAAGAUACACCAUUAAAAACAGAACCCCACAAAACAUUUAUGGGGCAGAUGACUAAGAGCUGAGGAAAUGAGUUAAACAGUCACAUAAACUACAAACUGACCUGGAUAUAGCCUUUGCCAAAUUGUAGGAAAUUUUCAGUACAAUGGUAGGGGAAGCACAGAUUACAGUAAAAAAUGACAAUCAAUUUUCAAUGCCAUGAAUAUUUUUGAGGGAUUGAGCUCUAAAAUGUAUUUUUAUUCAGUUUCUAGAUUGUAAUGAAUGUGUCUACAGAAUUUUAUGCAGAGCUUGAGAGUUCAGCUGUUUGAAAAUGAUUUUUUUUAUAUAGCAGUGAUUAUUUUAUCUAUAUAUUUAAUAGAACUGUAAAACCAUUUUAAGAGUACCUGUAAAAUUCUGUGUAUGUGAUACGAUUAUUUAUUAAUUAUGACUCAAGAGAAUGAACGUUAAGCUAUGCAUUGGUUGUGUCAUCCAUUUGAAAACUGGAAACUGCAAGCAGGAGAAGAGUUUUUAAUGAACAGCAGACUUGAAAAGCAGGGGAAAUGAUUGAAUAUAAUUGUGUGACUCUUAAAGCUGCAUAGCAAUAUGUUAUUUUGUGAUGUUAAACUUUCAGCUACAGUUGCAAAAUAUACUGAGUGAUUAAGCUACUUUCUUCCAUUAAAACUUCCGGAGGCU